CUUCAGUCGUCCAAAAUGCAAACAUUCGACAAUUUCAUCGACUCCAUUAAAAUAAUCUUACUCCAAAACCAAAUUUUAGGCAUAACAACGUUACAAAGAACAAACAAAAAAUUCCAAAAAUCAAAAACAAGCACCUACAUCAUUACCGCAACCACAAUUCUAUUUCUAAUUGGUGCUGUUCUAAUGUUUAAGAGCUACAUAUUCGAAACCAACAUUCUCAUUUACAAAUGCACCGAAAUAAUCCUCCUGCUUUCAAACUCAACGUUCGUUAUCACAGUUUGGUGCAACGCUGUGUUCAAUUUUGAACCGUUCUCACACCUUUUAACCAACAUGAUAGAAUUCGACCAGAAACUACACAAAAACUCACUCAACUACACAAAAUCAAGACGCAACAAUUUGAUCCAACUCGUAGUGCGUUACACAAUUAUAACAUCCCUUCUAAUUUACUUCAUCACGUUUCGAAUUAUCUUCCGAAAUAACUCGCUUUACUACACUUGUUUUGAAAUCGGCACUUUGCCACACUGUUAUCACUUUGGCCACAAUCAUCAAGCAACGGUUCGAAAUUUUGAACAAACAAAUCGGGAGAUUAAUUCACGGGAAUUUGGCAAAUAAGUUUAAAAUUCUGUGCCGGAUUUGUGAACAGCACGCCCAUUUGUGCAAGAUAAUUAAACAGUUUAAUGAGGCUUUUGGCUUGGUGUUGUUGCUAAUGUUUGGUGUUAGUUUUGUAACGGUUGUGGUCUGUUUCUUCUACAUUUCUGCGAGUCUGCAAGGCGGUGAUUGGAGAUACUUGCUUUUGUCAUUUUCCCUAGCAGCGCCCUUAAUGAUCGAUGUUUUCUACGUUUGUAAUGUUUGUUACAAGACUGUUGAAACGGCGAAAUUAAGUGGCGAAUUAAUUCAUAAGAUUGUGACGGAUGAUCGUGAUUUGACCGAUGAAAUCGAGAUGUUUUCCUUGCAAGUUGCUAAUGGGGACAUUGAGUUCAGCGCCGCUCAGUUUUUCCCAAUCGAUCACACUUUGCUGUUUUCGAUAAUCGGAGGUGUGACCACGUACAUAAUAAUCUUGAUCCAGUUAUCGGCAAGUUUCAUGUUUGAAGAUUGAUUAAAGAAACAAGCCUCUAAAUGGAGUUUAUCAAGUUCAUACAUUUUGCAAAGUUAAUAAAAUCCCCAACUUAAGUUAUCUCAUUGUUUCCAUGGAAUACUGAUGCGCUAUUUUCCAGCUUCUGUAAUAAAAGCUGUGCCAUUUGAAAUUCUAAACAGAAAUGCAUAGAAUCAUCGGAUUGUAGACAAGCUUUUGACGGGUAAUUACCCCAGACAGGAAACAUAAAUCUACACACCACACGAAUAAAAUUAUAAUCAAGGGCAUUGUCUCCUAAUGCAAUACCAUUGUCGAAAUGGGAUCAAGCCUCAAACUAGGCGGAUUAAAAGCGGAAAUGAGUCAAUAUUUAAUAAUAAUUAUAACGUGAAAGAUGGUUUUUUCAUAGAUAAAACGUUAAUGGCUCUGUACCGGGAACCGUCGCCUGUUUUUUGGUUGUUGCUUUAAAUCUUAUAAAUUUCGAGAAAAACGCAAAAAAUGGGUUGCAAUUUGUACUGUUUUUUAAUUUUUCAAGCGCCGAUUACGGCGAAACUAUUAGUGUCAACAAAAACCAUUAGAACCGGCUUAUGAAGCUCUACAAUUGCUAUAUCCCGUCUGUCCAAUUUUCGAAAACCUACCAGUU